AUGAGGGAGACUACACCAUUGAAGAAGAGCUAUAAAAAGUAUAAGAGCACUACCAGGGAAGAUGAUAGUGAGGUACUGGGAUAUUACGAUCACGAACAACAAUACGAAGAAUACGAGGAUUCAUUCUCGAUGAGUAAGACUACCAAAUAUACUUUAUUUACAAUAAUUGGAUUGAUAACUUUAUUGGCCUUAUAUUUCUUUACGGUUUUCCUACCGGAUUAUUUCAUUCCUGAAGCAGUUGCUUUAAAACCUAUUGAAAAUAUAUCCGAUAUACCCGUUACAUUAGUCCCAUCAUCUAACAAGGAAAACAGCGAGGCUAAUGAUAAGAAAAUGGUGGAUAGAAUAAUCUUGAUUGGUGAUAUUCAUGGUCAUUAUAUUGAAUUUAGAAAAUUAUUGACGAAAAUAAAUUAUAAUAAACAUAAAGAUCAUUUAAUUGUUUUAGGUGAUUUUAUAAGUAAAGGUCCCGAUUCAUUUAAAACAUUAGAUUAUUUGAUUAAUAAUAAUAUUGAUUGUGUAUUGGGUAACCAUGAAUAUUAUAUUUUACAAAAUUAUGCCACAUUCCAUGGAUUAGACCAACCAAAUUUCUCAUCAUCUGAGAGUCAGCCAAUAGCCGUUAAAGAUUCAUUUAAUGAUGACCCGGAAUUCUUAUUGGCUAAAAAACUCGAACCCCAUCAUGUUAAAUAUAUCAAUAAUUGCUCGAUAAUUAAAAAAUUGGGAUAUGUGCCAAAUCCUAAAGGAAAGAAAAAGAAUAAAGUUGGUGAUGGCGCCGAUUAUAGUCAAGGAAUUGCCGUUCAUGCUGGUAUUAGACCAGAUUUACCAUUAGAUCAACAAGAUCCAAUUGAUAAUCUUGAGAUGAGAUCAUUAAUUGGGCCAUUUUAUAAUGAAACGACAGCAGAUCCAACUAUACCUAAUAGUAAAAGUUGGUCGAAAAUUUAUAAUUCGAAAAAUGGUGAAUACCCGGCUGAUUAUAUUGUCUAUUACGGUCAUGAUGCUGGUAGAGGAUUGAAAAUUAAAAAAUUCACCAAAGGGUUAGAUUCCCGUUGUGAUAGAAAUGGGAAAUUAUCAGCUAUGGUUAUAUCUAAAAAGCAAGUGACCGUGGAUGUGAAUGAUUACGACAAGAAGAAAUCAUUUGAAUUGAUUGAAGAAGUUGUUCAAGUCAAUUGUUAG